AUGGCUUCUUUGGCUAAGAAGUUUGCGGGCAUGUCUGGCAAGACAUCUACGUUCGGGAAAGGCGCUCUUCAGCGUUCUCUCCAAAGGCCUUCUCCGCCACCACUUACCACGGUGGACAAGGCCCUCAUUGCAGAGCUCAAUGCUCUGCAAAUAGCAACCACGCCCGUUUCUCACAACGUGGCAGUGUUAUCCAACGCUGAGGUCCAGUACCUCGGCCAGGACAACAAACAUCUCAAGGGCCUCAGAAACUACAAGCCCUCCAACGUCUUUCAGGGGACUAUUCCCCAUUGCAGCCCCAGAAAGCCAAAGGCUUCCAAGCCCAAGGCUACGGCUGGCAGAAAGAUGGGCAAUGCCGCCCAAACGGGUGGUGUUGCAAAGCGCCCAGCUCAACCAAGGUGCCCACGCAAGCCCAAGGCUGCUGCUGAGGCUGCUGGUGCUGCUGCCAAACAGGAGCAGCAGACCAAUGCCAUCAUGACGGAGCUUGUCUCCAUGGGCGUUGGUCAGCAACGUCCUACUCCCCCACUGGACGUUGCCCAUCCUGCUGAUGCCUCUGCCUCGGCCGCUCCUACUACCCACACGGAGCAAGACUCGGCUCACUUCUUGUCAGUGGACGUCGUCUCCAGGGAGGCUGGCGAGCAGGGUCCAACCCUCCCUCUUCCAGACGCAAGUUUGGAAGAGUUGCUCAUCCUUGAGAUGAGCAAACUUGGCAUCCACAUGGAUGAGGACGAGCCUGAAAAGGCUGACACUCCCAUGGAGGACAUGUCAGGUUCAGGUUCUGAGGACCUGGAGAUGUCAGAUGACAUCUCAGAACCCUCUACCAUCUCUACAGAUAGAGAGAUGGGCUACAUCAUCCGCCCCGUGGCAGACACGGUGGUGGAUGAUGAUGAGUCGGAUAUGUCUGUCGAGGACGACAGUGAGUGGGAGUUGGAGUUGGCUCUGCACAGAGCCUUCAAGAAGCAAAGAACUUGCUAG